AUGUCACUGUCUCUCUAUCGACGUAUCCUGCGUGUAGCAAGAACAUGGGAAGGCGGCUUCGAGGAGCAAAUUUGGAUCCGCGAGGAGGCCAGGAGACGCUUUGAGGAGAACCGCACGUUGAAAGACCCCGUUGCAAUCGAAGACGCAGUGCGCCAAGGCCACAACCAAGUGGAUGUGGCGCUGCACUACAAAAUCUGCUACCCGCGCCCCGAGUACGUGGAUCCAGGCACUAUGGGAGGCGAGAGCAAUUUCCAUCGCCAAUCAUCACGAGCCAACACGAGAAUGGGACGCUUACACAAGAGCAGACUACAGAGUCGCUUUCGUUCAAGUAAAAAGGUAACUUGA